GAGUAUAGUGCUUUUCAGUGUGGUCGAUCGUUAAUUACAUAAAUUAUGAUUUCUCAUUUCAACAUUAGGUGGUUAUAAUCCCACGUAACAAGAAGAGACUCAUCGUUUCUCUCUAUUCGCCAUUAUUGUCAUAUCACUCUAUUUUGUCAAAUCAUUGAAUGUAAACGAACCGGAUUACUGGUGUGCCAGCCCGAUACUAGUUGUUUCAUUUACAUAAAUGUUUAAAUCUGCUGUUGAUGGUGAUGAUAACUACAGGUUUACAGAACAGGAAAGAAUGCCACACGGCGAUUUAACAUCCAAUCAGUUGAGAUGUCUAUAUUUGUGUAUACCCUUAACAAGUAUAGUUACCUAUAUCAUUACAAUGAAUAUUCAGCUCGGAGUCCAGGAUCCAUUUCAGUGUGCAGUCCAAAAUCAACAAAUUGAUGUCAGCAAAUCGUCGUAUAAUAACUAUGAUGCUGUAGAGAACCUAAUUAAAAGUUGCGACUUUCUGCGAACAAACAACAGGUCUAUUGCGACAGAUAGAUACCUUAUAAUUGUCUGGAAUGUGCCAUCUGCCGGACCGUCAACCAUGUAUAAUCUAUGGAGAAUCGCCGUGAAAUUUGCCGUAUUUCAACAGAGGACCCUUUUCAUAAGACCCUUCAACGUCCAUAAAACCCACAAGCCACGCGACGCUGAUACGACUUUUGAUUCGGAGAAGUUACGAGAAAUGCUGCCAAUUGCUGAUGAAACAGAUUACAUCUCACAUUGUGGAAACACUUUAGAAGCAAAUAACGUGUUUAUACCGCCCACAAUCGCCAUGGAAACAAAGGAAGUGAUGUUCCAAAAGUAUGAACAACUGAUUGGAUGGAAAGCUGUUUUCCAGGCAUUUGCUGCCACACGUAUACUCAACAGCAUUCCGGGUGUCACGACAGAACUGAAUACAAUCAUAACCUCAUUUGGGAACAGUGCCAGCAACGACUAUUACAGUUCACGAAAUGAAAAGUGCCUUGCUUUAUUUGCAACCGAUGACGUAAAUCUGCCGUGUAACGACGAAAUAAACGAAUUGGUGGAUAAGCACCUUGUGCGCGCUCCGUACAUACGUCGCAUGGCAGAAGAAUUCAUUCCAAAAGUUUGUGAAGGGGAAUUUGCUUUACUCUUCUGGGUCGUUCUGUACAAGGACAAAACAUUUAAGAAAUCGCACAUGGCUUCCAUUGGCUCGCAGUGCGAUGACGUAGUACGACCAAGGUGUAAAACUUUACAUCACUGCAAGCCAGGGCGCAUGGCUGAACUUAAGGCCUUACAUAAUGCACUCGAUGGAAUAGUAACUUCCAUUAAAAAGUUAUUGGCGUCUUACAAUUUAUCGUGUAUAUAUGUUGCAGCUCCAAUAGAAUAUAAACAGGUUCUCACAAACAAUCUCCGAAAUAAAUCAUUAAGUGUGUUUGGUCUGAAUGAUGUAUUUAAAAUGGUUCCUAAAUCUGCCAAGUAUCGAAAUGAUAAUUAUGUUUUAUCGUUAAUAGAGCAAGAAAUAGCUGAACGAGUUCCUCUGUUCAUCAGUUCAAGGACGUCCAAUUGGUCGUUUUACGUUGAAUACACCAGAACAAUCCGGCGUAUGAGAACUGUGGCCGUGCAGGAACUACCGGGUGUCCCUCAAGAUUUAAUUAACAUGUUUCAAGUACUCAAGUAG